AGUAGACGCUUUUACUCUGUUGUCGUCAGAAACUUACGUUGAGGUUCUGUUUUCACUCUUGUAAGUUGUAAGUGUAAACUCGUUUCUAAAGAAAUUAUCCAAUUUGUACUGCAAAAGAAAAUUUCUUCGAUAAAUAAAUCCAGGAAAUGGAGACGAUUCUGGAGCAGCAGAGGAGGUACCACGAGGAAAGGGAGAGGCUGAUGGAUGCCAUGGUGAAAGAGAUGCUACAUAAAAAAUCCAGUUACAGAGAGCAGAUAAAUUCAGACCACAGGCUCAAAAUUCUUCUCGAUCAAUACAUGGAAAGCACAAAUAAAUUAAAAGAGUUGUACGAGGACAAAGACGGGAUAAGGAAAGACGAAAUAGCCGCAUUAUCAGGGCCUAAUGAGUUUUCAGAAUUUUACUCCAGACUCAAGGCGAUCAAGGAUUUCUACAGAAGGAUACCAAAUGAGAUUUCCGUUCCAAUGUCUGUUGAAUUUGAAGAGCUGGCUAAAUUGCGGGAGAACCCGACAGAAGAGACGACAAACCUUGUAGAGUUCACGGAUGAAGAAGGCUAUGGAAAAUAUUUAGACCUGCAUGAGUGUUAUGAAAAAUACAUAAAUCUAAAAGGCGUAGAGAAAGUUGAUUACAUCACGUAUCUUACAACUUUUGAUCGUUUGCACGAAAUACCGAAAGAAAGGAAAACGUCCGAAUAUAAAAGAUACGUUGAAAUGUUAUUAGAUUACCUUUAUGAUUAUAUAAUGAGAAUAAAACCGCUGCAUGAUAUGGGCCAAGAAAUGGAAGGGGUUCAAAAAGAGUUCAACGCCCAAUGGGAGGCUGGGACUUUUAUUGGCUGGCCGAAAGAAACUGGCAGUGUGUUAACCAACGUGGGCGCACAUUUAGACCUGUCUGCAUUUUCAUCGUCCGAAGAAUUAGCCUCGUUGGGUCUAGACAGAUUGAAAUCGGCUCUGAUGGCGCUUGGUUUAAAAUGCGGAGGGACAUUGGAAGAAAGGGCUCAGAGGCUUUUCAGUACAAAAGGGAAGAAAUUAUUAGAUCCAAGUCUAUUAGCAAAGUCCAAACCGGGAAAGUCAAACAGAAACAAAGAUAACGAAAGACAAAGAGAUAUCGCUUUGAUUGAAGCCCAAGUUUACAAACUAGCUGAUAUUUUAAGCGAGCAAAGGGUAGCAACAAAGGAAAACGUGCAAAGGAAGCAAGCUAGGACUGGCGAAGAAAGAGGAGAAUCUGAUGCAGAGGCUUCCUCUUCGGCGUCAGAAGCUGAAGAAGAUGAUGAUGGUGUUCCUUAUAAUCCUAAAAAUUUACCAUUGGGCUGGGAUGGAAAGCCUAUUCCUUAUUGGUUGUAUAAGCUGCACGGCUUGAAUAUAAGCUACAAUUGUGAAAUAUGCGGAAAUUUCAUAUACAAAGGGCCUAAAGCAUUUCAGCGCCAUUUUGCUGAAUGGAGGCAUGCUCAUGGAAUGAGGUGUCUAGGCAUACCGAACACAGCUCAUUUUGCAAAUGUAACACAGAUAGAAGACGCUCUUGCAUUAUGGGAAAAAUUAAAAACACUAAAACACGAGGAGAGGUGGCAGCCAGAGCAAGAAGAGGAGUAUGAAGAUUCUCUAGGAAAUGUUGUUAACAGAAAGACAUAUCAAGAUUUAAAACGACAAGGACUUCUUUAAUUUUAACAGUGUUUUAUUACAAACUAUUUUUGAAUUUAAACAUUUGUAAUUCAUUGUAUCUGAAUUCGUUGUAAAUACUGAUUAUUUUAUUGUUUAUGGAAAAAACUUAAAUAUAAGUAUACUUUAAACUUUGUACUUGUAACCCAUUUCUUUUUUUGUAAUGAAAAAGGGUUAAAAUAAAUGCUUAAUCCCCCCCCCCAUGAAUGUAAACUAAGUACCUCUGGAGAGAAAAGAAAGCGGCCAGGUCAGGACCAGAAUUUAUCAUGUAUAAACAAGAGUUGAUUUUGUUCGAAAAAAUAUUAAUUUAAAAAUAAAAUAAAAAAGA